AUGCUUCGCCUAGACAACACAGCCAGAUCCGCCAGCACAAGGGACUUCCUUCUGGACGGUGCAGCAUUGCGCGAAGUCGAAGCCCAAAAAGACCUCUGUGUGCUGACGACGAGUUCCCUAAAACCAUCCGCUCAUUGUUCGUGAGUGGCAAAUGCGCAAUGUCUGUGCUGCACGUCACUAAGCGUACGUUUGUGGACUUCGACGAAAACGCUUUCUCUAAGGCUUUUGGAACAUUCGUUCGGCCGCACUUGGAGUACGGUAUUUAGGCCUGGAGAUCGUGGGCGGCUGAGGAUCAAAACUUCCUCAAAGGAGUUCAGAGGAGAGCCACGAGGAUGGUUAGGGGCAAAGCUCCCUUGCUUAUGCAAACCGCCCAAUAAAUCUGAACCUCUUCCCUUCGAGUUACAAGCAACUUUGCGGGGAUCUCUUGCAAGCAUUCCGCGUUUUAAAUGGGUUAGUCUACAGCCUGGCCUGGGCUCAUUCAGCAGGCAAGCCUGGAUGUGCCAUUGUCCUCCUUCUCUGUCCGAGUGGUCACAUCGUGCAGUGUCCUCUCUGCAGAUGCUGUGGUGUUAGAAAAUUUUAAAAAGAACUUUGACAUAUUUGUGUUCCGAAACGACCAAGAGCUAUGAGGGGUCGAGCUCAUUCCCUGAGCUUUCUUCCCAUAUUGUCUUGCCAUUAUGGGCUCGUUUAUGUUAUUUUAGCACAGGAAAUUUUUUUUAAACCGCACCCAGUUUUACGUUGCAAAUGGGGCACUCAAAGACCCACGCUUCUUUUUCUUAAAAAAACUGAAUUGAACUGGCACAACAACGACGAUUAGGUGAUCUACAACCUGUUAGCCGACGGGAAUAAGCUGCACAAAGCUUGCACCAAUCGAGGAGCCACGCAACUAAAGCGGCCUUCUUCCGUUCCCGAUUCCUGUUACGACGGAGUUUGCAGACGAUGAAUCUCAAGGUCCGUGACAUACCGCCUAUACAGAUCAUAAUAAACUGAAGAAUUUCUCCUCGUUAACCAAAUCGGUCUACGGCCCAGCGCAAGAGAACCCAGGACACUGAUCGGUGCCGAGGGAACACCAUUUCUCACGAAGGCAUUUCAAAUUCUAAAAUGCUAGUAUGAGCAUUUCAGAGGUGCAAUCACUCACUCAUCCCUAAUCCCCGAUGACGCCACCAGCAGACUUCUAUGUGAAAACAGCGACAUGGACCUCCCCUCUUCUUAUUCAAUACACCAAGUCUCCGGCGACAAAGAACUAAGUUCCGAUGCAGUCCCGCCCGAAGAAAGCAGAUAUGGCGGCAUCCGACUGAUGACAAAUAUUACAACGUUGUUUCAGAAUAUGCUGCGAAAAGGGUACGUCCUCCAGGCAUUAAGGAGGACACCAACGUGCAUAUUUACAAGAGCAAGGACAACCACUAGACCUGUGCUGCCCAAAUAUUCAUCAGUCUACUUAACAGCCACCUGGAACCAAGACUUCUCCCGGAAAGCCGGACGAGUUGUUUUAGUUCUGUAAACCACUGCGUCCGAUCUCGGCAUCAGCUGGUUGACCGAAUCGGACAAUUGUGAGAUGCCCAGGAGAGAUAAGUUUGAGGCUGACACUGGAAACUUCACCUCCACGGCACUUGAACGCAUUUCUCACUACAAUAAAUCUGACUCGUCGAUUCUACCAGGUCACGGAAAGAGUCGUGGUCUGGAAUGGUGCUAAUUGAUGGCACGACUCAGACUUCGCUGUCAACCUUGUGUGUGUUUGUGUGGGGUGACUGAAGUGUGGAUUGAGAGUUAGACUCAGUGGCCAGUCCCCAUUGGCCCUCCCAUUCCUUAGGGAUCCGAGCCAGCUCCAAGUUUUUUUCUGUCAAAAACCUGGUAUAUUUUGCGUCGACCAGGCGUGUGUGGCGUGCCUGUCGGCAGCUGUUACCCACUGCGGUUGAUGGACUUCUGCCCAAGUAUUCACACAUAAAACAUUUCGAUCAGCACCUAGAGACCUGGAAUAUACUGAUCUUCUCCAAGUCCGCAGUUAAUUUCUGAGGAAAUUAAAAAGCAACAGCCUAGUCAGUCACCGUGCCUGGCAACUCCUUCGACAAUCAGACCCUUCUUUAGGCUAGGCUUACGUGGAUAAUAAGUAGAGAAUGUGUUAGACGGUGCACAAGUCUACUACCACUGCAAACCAAUUCAUGUGCAAAUCACCGUUCCUGUGCCCACAUAUUAUUGGGCCAGGUCGUGUUUGCCAUGCGCCAAUUGGCUGUAUAGCCCUAUCAUUCACCUAAUCUCAAUUGCGCAUAAUAUGGUUGACCCAAUCGGAUAGCGUAGUGGCGGUUGAGAGAGAGAAUAAGAAACGACUUUUACUUUGGAGACUCUGUCUUAACGGCAUAUGAGAAAAUUUUCUCACCAUUGGGUAUCUGACAAGCUUUAAAACCAUUAAAAUGCACGAAAAAUCGCAGUUUCUAAGGCUGUUAACUAAUGAGAUAACUCGGUUUCUUCAGGGUGGAGAGUCAGACGGCAAGGAUUCCUUCUCAAUAUGUUGCAUAUGGCACCUGCACUCAUAUUGAAUCUGAGCCCACCACCUCUUGUUCCUGUGAAAACCUGGCCCAUCUUACAAGGGCCAGUCGUAAAUGGAGUGCGUAGACGGACUGCUUAACUUUGUCAGCAACUGCGAAUCAUACUGUCGUUGGUCAUCAUCAUUUCGACCUGUCACCCGGUCCAGAAAUGAAGGGAACACGAGAGUGAGGUAGAUGCUAGUCUGUUAUCGGUGCUAGCUAACUCAUGCGCAAGUCCCCGUCCGUGCGCCCACCAUGCUGUGAGGCACGCGAAGAUAUCAGCAGUAUAAACUUCAGUCGGACGACUGUGCUCCAGAAAAUUAUAAUCCGUUGUCUUUGAAACAAGUACACGACACUAAAAAUGCAUGGUCUCCAUAUUCAGUUUACAUAAUUUACCUCCUAAAUAUUCAUUUCUUGUGCCAGACUCACAACAGACUAACAGAGCCCAAGAGCUGCUGAAAUAUGUAUACUGGCCUACAUGCAGGGCAUUCCCGAAGCGAUCGCCUGACAGCUAGACUGGUUUGCCUUUCCCAUUGUCCACACGCCGGCGUCCAUCCUGCGCGCAACACUACCCAGAGUAAAAGAGUCUAAACCCAAAGAGCAGCAAAUAAAUAUCAUUUACAACAAUCCCCUUGCCAACUGCUCUUGCACAUGGCCUCGGACGCGCAUAAACGAACACAAACCCGCCAUCCGACGACCUGGCCUCUUAUCAUUCGUCCUUGAGUGACCAUCGCUUAAUUUGGGAAGGAACCGAAGUUAUUGUCCUAUCUAGCACCAAACAGGCGCGAGAAUUCCUUGAAGCCUGGCACUCUAGCUUGACCACCACCAAUCCCCAUGUCAAGCUGGAUGCUCAUUACGAAGCUCUGUGUGCCCGGCUCACUGACUUGCGCCCACGGUCUAACGAAAACCGCUUAUCCAUGCUGGACCGUGCAGAAUGUAACUGUUUCGUCACUCCAUCCCCCAGACCUGGCGAACCACGACUACAGUUCUUGGCACCCUUAAAUUUGGCGCACUGACCUCUGCUACAUGUCGGAUCGACGACCACUAAUUUCAUCGCCUGCAGUCCCAGCGAGUCGCAUCCCUCUUACCAUCCGUCAAAGGGAGCUGAAACAGUUCUUGAUCCCUUCCCCGCUCCAAAUCCUAACGUAAGUAUGUGUCCAACCCUCUCACGCACUAACUGUUUGUCUGCCAGCGGCUGUCCUGUUGCGCCAACCAGUUUAGUCUGACCAUUUCACUUUCUCUUCUGUUUAUUUCGUCUGGCGGAGAUUAGUGUCACCAGCCCGACAAUUCACGACUACAUCUUGGUUUUUUCCAACGAACCUUACCCUUUAUACGCUAUUCAGUUUAUCGGCAUACUAAGGUUGGUUGGGAGCGGCCAUAAAGCAAAGGUCACAUCACUGAGUUACGAGCGGUUAUGAGUGGUUUAUUCCGUCAUCAUCAAAGGACUUUUAGUCGAACCUCAGGUGCAAUUUUAAGUUGUAGUAUGGUGAGUUAAUCAGGGAAAUUAAGUUAGAGAUGACCGCCCAAUGGCUCCUUACCCCAUCUGUGGACGUUAUUGAUUAUAGCUUGUUCGUUUCUAUCCGACCACCUGUUAAGGCUAGUAAACCGAAGGCCAGAACAACACCGUAAUACGCCUUUUAUCUUCUAUCUCGAAUAAAUCUAUUAAUCGUACUAUUACGAAGUUGUUUUACUCGUUUGGAAUAGUUGCGAACUAUACGAACGUUUUUUCCUAACUCCACACAUGGUUUAGUGUAUGGCGCAAGACUGUCGCAAAUGGUUCCACAAUGAGUUAACUGGGAUCGAGGCGGAAAAGCUUCUUAUAGCAAAGGGAGUUCCUGGUAGCUUUCUAGUCCGCCAAAGUCACAGCAAUCCUGGAAACUUUACAUUGUCUGUCAGGCGACAGGAUUCUUUUGCCCACAUACGCAUUCAAAACACAGGGGACUUCCUAAGCAUCUAUGGCGGGGAAAAAUUUGCGACUUUGACCGAACUGGUUAACUACUAUCGGGAGAACCGUGGUCAACUGACGGAAAAAAAUGGGACAACCAUUGAUUUGCUGUACCCAUUGUUUGUGGACGAUAUAAUUUGUGAAAGGUUGGUUUUAGUAAGUGCGUAAAUGCACGCCUCAUUUACUGGACAUAAAUACGACCAAAAUUGCAACCGGUCAUGCGAAUCCUUUCAUUUAAGGUGCAAGUUUUGCAAAUGCUAAUAGAUGUCCAAAAGUUGACCUCCAUUUAUUUUUUAUCUUCGGUCUCUUUGAUACUUUUGGUAAACCAUGGGGUAAACGUUUCUAUUUGUAAGGCUGCCCACAGCUUGAUGUCGUACGAAUUUUUGUUCUCCCUCCUAUACUCCCUUUUCACUCUUGGGCCAGCCCGAGUUCCCUGAGCAAGUGGACGUCUACUGUUUACAGCUGUGGUCGUGCCUGAUCAAGCCGACCUCGAUGAUAUCGCGAAUUAUACCUCCACGCAUGGCGAUCCACGGGAGUGGACCCAGAGGACUCGACCCUCUUUCCUCCAUGGAUGUAAAACAAAUACAGUAGUUUAAAGAACCACUUCCAUAUCCUGGUGGACGGUAUCGAGCCAGUUUUAUGUAGACCUCUUCUUCGAAGCUCACGGAUGGGCAGCGACGCCGUAUCGAGAACAGCAACACUAAGCUCAUGAGGCGGACGGUGAAGAACGUUUCCUGCCUAUCUGAAUCCUUAGAUGACCUCAGCUAUCCUCGCAAUGUUGUCGCAGCGAUGCAUACGGGGUCGGUGUACUUCACUCAAUGACAGUCCUUGGACAGCAGUGGUCAAAAACCUCCAGUUCUAGCCUAUCCUUCACACGCACAGCACAGCAUUGAAAACCUAUAAGGCGACCAACCUCACGGAUGCCUGGUACACACGUAUCUUUAUGGCGAUGAAGAUGUCGCGUCGGGUCCACAAACGCGUUUUAAGGAUUAUGAAAACCCGCCCAUCAGCAUCGGUUCGGGAGGCGAUGUCGUCCGUGCUCUGUCCAUUCGACAGCAGACUCGUCUCGGUGCGUUUUAAACGAUCUACUUCCUUUAGUUAACAGCUAUUAGUCUCAAGUGGCGCCUCUCGACCAGGAGUGCACCUUGAAAACACUGGUCUACCCGGCAUUUAUGGGUAAGUCCACCGAUUUAGCGACGUCAUUCAUCCAGGAAACAAUAGGUUGCAGGUAACUAAGGCCUAGGAUUAUCGGGAUGCUAUCAUCGGCGUAGUGGAGAUCAGGCAGCCUGCGCUUGAGUGCAAACUCAACACCGCCAAAACCUUGUAGGGUCUGUCGGAGAAUCCAGUCCGUGUCCUAGUUAAACAGAAUACGUGGCAGAACACAACCUUGUCGAGCGCCAGCUCGAAUGUCGGCCGGUCGAGAGAAAUUGUUAUGGACCAGAAUCCGCGCAGUAGUGGAGCGAUUGUAGGCCCUCAUCGGCGCUGAGUUUUGCCGGCACGCAGUUUAAGCCCAUCGCCCACCAAAAGGACUCACAAUAUGCGCAAUAGGCAGCUGUGGCGAAAGCGGCAAAGUAGAUGACCGUCGGUUGCACGAAGCCAUAGUAGAAUUGAAGGAUGCGCCUUAGCGUACAAAUCUGGCCCUUGCCUCCACACUCAUUUCAGAACACGGUUUAAUAGGGUCUCGUUCCCGAGUCACGCACAUUGAAGUCGCAUGAGAAUGACAACAAGGGUGACCUCCGAAGCUUAAGCUGUGGUAGUUAUCGCGCUUUGUCUUAUUUCCAUUUACGAAUGGAGGCUGACGGAUGCUAAGGCUUCAGCCAUCAGGAGCCAACUCACCUCCCCACACUUGCCCAAUCACCUCAUGGAUUCAGGGCGCCAGUGUCGACAUAGAGCUAGUUGAUUUCAGCUGGAAUACUGUCUUCCCCGGGCGCCUUUUUAUUGUACAGCCACCUCAUUACACUGGUGAUUCCUCGUCGGGAGGCGGGUCACACGACACUGAAAAGGGUGGAGAGGGAUAAAACUCCACCGCAGAGGAGGGCGAGGGCGUGAUGAUUUGGUCAUCAGCGUUAAGAAGGUGCUUUAAGUGCGUAUACGAGCGCCAGAUCUUGGCAGAGUUGUCAGCAGAAAUGCUGCCAUCCACAUAGCGAACAGUCCCUCGAUGCAGAGGACCUAGCACUCAGUUGACGAAUGGGCAGGUGAGUUUAGUGCCACCGACGUUUGAGGUCCGUUUCAUGAAAGUCGUAAGUUCGAUCGCGUAGCUUAGCUGUCUUCUCUUUUUACUGACUUUGCCAUCCUUUUCCAGAGCUGUUGGCGGGUCAUGCGUCGAACCGUCUGGCGGAGCUGGAAACACAUGUUGAUGAUAAGUAGCCGGUCGCGAUUGCCAAAAUUUAGCAUGCCUUCACCCAUGUUGCACCAAGAACGAAGCCCAAAGCGACCAAUAAGGUGACCGUUUGAAGAGUGGCGGGCUGCAAUCCGACCUUUGCAGUUUCCGCCAAAUAUUGCCAGAAUAUGGUGAAGGGGUCUUUCAACUAACUUUUGCAACCUGGUAUAGGUUACUGUAUUUCUCUGUUGAUGCGUACAUAAAGACAGUAGUGGUGCUAGUAAAGUGAUUCGUCAGUCGCGCAUAAGGCAGCUGUUCAUUGACUAGUUAGAACUCAAGUAGCAAACUGUUUGCUUGCUUCGAGAGGGUGAUCGUCACAGUGUCUAUCAGAAGAUUCGGGUGGUUGGUUGCGGUAUGGGGUGAAGUGGGAGUCGACUCCCUCCUGGAUCUUGAAUUUCUGAGCGCCUGGGUCGACCAUUUGGACUUCAGACAGGCAGCAGACAUCCGUUCUGUACUGAUAAAAAUUUUGCAACGCCAGACUUUGGGUACUCGGGUCCAGGAAAGUUUGCACGUUCCAGCACCCAACACCGAGAGUCCGUUUUCGAUUGAGUGGCCCAUCUCGCUUAUUAUUCUCUCGUAUUAUUAGACCAGGGUUGCGGUGUGUGUCAGUUCCCGCAGACGCGCGUACGGAUCCCAGCAGCCGCUCCCAUUGUUCGAGGUUUUCUCUGCCGCUUUGGCUCAAGAAUCUCACCACAAAGCAGUGGUAGCAACCAAAUUUAUUUAAUGGAGGUUUACACCUGCCAUAUCACAGUGUCGUCAUCGGACUUUGUGGCAUUUUAUUGGGCAGUUGCUUGCCGGACCUCAGCGCUCCGCAUCCUGGUAUCACCGUUUCUACUGAUCCGCGACUGUUUGUUUUCCAGACUUAAGGGCCUGCUUAUGUGCAGUUAACUCGUGCUGGAGGCCGUUCCACUAUUCGCUACCUAUAGACGAGCCGGGUAAAAAACAGCUGGGUAAAUCGUCUUACCGGUUCCAUUGGGUGCGGCAAUCUUCGCCUUCUUUAGAGCAAUGCAUGACUCCACUGCUAAAGGUGGAUACGUGGAAUUCUUCCUGGUUACAAGUAGAGCAUUUUAGACGAAAGACUGACAGACAAAUUUAGAAAAUCGGAAAUAUAACAACUGGAUUGUUAGAUUCAAAUCCUGCUCCCGCAGUCCUGCCGUUAAUACAUCAUUUUUUGACAAUUAAUUGCCAUAAAGGUUGUAGUUCCUAAGAUAAUUCCCAUGUUUUCUGCCCGCGUUCAAACUGCUUAUUUUUAAAGACCAUUUGUUCUCUUCUUGAAUUUCUUGACUUAGCUCUUCUAUUCUAAAGCAGACGUUUUUUUUCGUGAGGUCCGUAAGUCCACACAUCUGUCCGCAAGACGAGUUCAUUCACCAACCACUAUUACCCACAUAUAGGCCCAGCGGCGGCGGCGGCUAUUUGAAGGACCCUUGAGCUCGUGGUAGCUAAAACAAGGCAGCUGUUCCGGGAAAGAAAAUAUUUUGGACUAUUCUAUCAAGGCCACAUAACUGAUUUUUAUCAAGUGCUUUUGUACUUGCCUACAAAAUCAUUUUUGAGGUUCAAAAUCUCCAUUUACUUGGUGCAAAUCCCAUCCUAUAUUGUGUUGCUAGGAAAAAGUUGUAAAAAUGGUAAGCUUCAAGCUGAACGUCUUAGUGCUACUUCAUGUCUAUAUAUAACGUCGGGACUAUUUACCCCCUAAUAACGAGCUCGAUUUGUGACUUGUAGCCCUGACUAUAUAGACCUUGGGGCUGCGUUUUACAUGCACAGAAGUAACUGUCAUCUUAUUUGUUUACCCCUUCCUCUUUGUACUCAGUUUGCCGUUAUAUCAUCUAAUGUCAUAAAGUUAUUUGUCCCUCGAACGCUGAUUCCGUGGCAAUUCUUUUUUAAACGGUUUUUAAAUAACCUGUUCCCCCCCAUUCAAAAAUGGAUACACUUUCAGCUCUCGGUGGUUUCAUGGUCACUUGACGGCAAAGGAAGCUCAAAACUUGUUGCUUGAGAAGGGCAAGAACGGGAGUUUUCUUGUUCGGGAAUCUGUGCGUCAACCCGGUUCCUACGUCUUAUCCGUUGUCACUGGCGAUUGUGUUUCACACAUUCUCAUAUGCCGCAAGCCCAAUGCCAAGUUUGACAUUGGUGGUGGACCGGAGUUCUCUUCACUGGGUCAACUCAUUGACUACUAUAGCCAGUCACCCAUGAUGGACAAAAGUGGCGGACUGGUCUGUCUCAAGCAGGUUCGUUUGGUCUUUACCCCCCAGUCCGGUCACCAGGGCAGGAUCUGCAUCCUUUUUCUUAUUCUUUUUUCCAGUCUCCUUCCACCUCCAUCAUAUUCCGACACAAGCUUUCUCUCAUUUAGUCCAUUUUAAACCUAUUUUCAUUCUCAUUGUCUUCAUAUUCCAUCACCACGUUUCACAGCCAUUCAAUGCUACGCGCCUUAACGUUUCUGCUCUGGAUAAGCGCAUUGCGCAGUUGGAGAAGCAGAAGAGUCGAGGCCAGUAUCUGUCGGGCUUUCUGGAGGAGUUUGAAGAACUUCAUCAGGACACGCAUGAAGUACGUUGACCCUGUCUCUUCCCCCUCCUCUUCUCCACUCUAGCCACCUUUCCCGCAACAUAAAUACUUAUCUACACAUAAAGGCACCAAGGACGGAGGGAAGUCGACCCUAUAACCAGUCCCGUAACCGCUACAAGAACAUUCUUCCCUUCGACUCCACUCGGGUCGUCCUGCGCGACGGAAAUCCUGCCGAUCCUGGCUCCGACUAUAUCAAUGCAAACUACAUUCUGCCACCGGCACGUCCCUUUCCUGCCUUUUAUUUCGGUCUUGGCAAUGCGCCAUGACUCGAUUGAUGAGCUUUGCUCAAUCUUAUUUCCUUUGAUCCCCACUGAACCUUUACACUUGCUGUGCAUGCCGCGUAUACCCACUAAUUUCCUUUACGUAGUUUGCCACAGAAGUAUUUUAUUUUAAGCGUUUCUGUGCUACUUGUUGUAACUGUACUUUUCACUUCUGAGGACACUCGUUCAACCGUAGUUUGCUUUGAGCCCGACGCUGUGCCACCGCAUCUUUUGUCACUCCCGCCUGCCGUGGGAUGUGGUAGGGAUUGUCUAUAUGGUCCCACCGGAACACGGGAACAGUAACGACCCCCCUAGGAAGGGUGCCUAUUCCCAUGUCUUAACACUAAAACUAGCUCUAAACCUAAUCCCAGCAUUAAUUUCUCGGGAAUUUACCUCAAAGACACCUGUAUUACAGAGGGUUCCUUUUCCCAUGUCCUGCCGGGAGAGUGGAGGGACAUAAACGAUCCCUACCUUGGAUUUUGAAAGUUUGGUUAAUUUAGGUUUGCAAAGUAGGCUUCUGGGAGCGAAGCCUCGUUUUUCUGCAAACAUAGACCCAGCCACACCUUACUAACGACGUAGGUGCGAAAUAUCUUAAGUCUUACGCAUGUCCUUAUUUGACAAUUGGACUUUCUAUACAAGACAACUUCGGGUAAUUGGUAUUCACGAAACGAGCUGACCACAGGACACGCAUGAAGUACGUUGGCUCUGUCGUCUGUAUCACACCUUAUUAGAACUUGUGCUGACAAAUUUUCAAGGCUUACAUUUGUUCUACUGAAGUGGUGCACUGAUUGCAGUGGUGGAUGGGGAAUAUAUGUAAGUGGCAAAUAAAUUGUUUUUGGCUGUCCGCCGCCAGUGACAACCAAUGAUGGAAUUUGAUGCUGUUUACAAACGGAGGCGAAUAUUUGAGUAAUGGGGAAAGGACUAAUCAGGAAUUGGGACCAUUUGUUAAUUUUUCCAAAUUUUCGAACGCAUACAGAAGUCCACUCUCAGGGUUGAAAGCAGCAACAGAACAGGUGAUAGUUAUAUGAGUUUUUACCCGGCCAGCGACUAGUACCGUAGGCUCGGAGGUGGUUGCUCCAGACAAGUACGUCGAUUGACCGACUUCUCAUCAUGGGUGCAGGCUUCAAUCAGCUUCAUGUUUGACCAGUUAUCUCGGCGACUGUUUCUAGGUUUUCGCUGGCACUUGCCUGAUAUGGCCGUCGUUAUGACUGAUAUAACGGGCGUCAGUAAUGUUCCGCAUAGUCUUCAGCGAGACGGUUGGCGGUGUCGGAUCUGAUUAGAGUGAUCAACUCUUUUCAACGUCGAGGACCAGAGGCCGCUGGUCUGAGAAAUAUCUUAAACCGUAGAGUUGUGUUAGUGCAGGUUCUGUGCUGACCUCAGUCGCCCCCAUUGUGGCGGACAUUCUUGAUUUUCAGCAGGCGCGAUUAACCCAUCUCACUAUUAGAUAAUAAUCUCAGUCAAUCAGGUCUGUUUGGCCCACACGGGUAGUCAGUUAAUCAUUUUACGAGCGGCAAUAUCAUAUAGCUUCUGAAAAGUUAUUCAGCAAUCACGACCAGUUGCCCUAUUGGCAAAUCGCGUAGGAAUAUCUGCCCGCUUACGAUCGAUCCGAUGUGCUCCUGGGCCAGUGAGUGGGUAGUCCGACUACUUUUCUGAGUGCAAACGAAAUAUUAUACGAUCUGUGCUGCCCACUCAGUCCAGGAGUCUGAAAUCGUUGCGGGUUCACUUCUGACAGAUGCGGCGAGAGAAUGAGUAGAAAACCAGCGAAUUAGGAAAUAACAAAUUUGUCAACAGCCUUCGAAUAAAAUGUAGUUUUUGGAGAACAUUUCCGUUCCUUACAUUUCUCCGUUACACAGAAAACAAGAAAGUUAUGCCAGUUUCUGUGCGUUUGCUAACGAAAAUGGUAAAAGUCAAUGAAGAAGCAACGUCAAAGAACGGGAAGAAACAAAAUCUGACCCUGAAUUUUCAUAACAGAGUUUUUGUGCCGUACUGAAAGAAGUGGGAAAUACCAUACACAGCACGUUGCCAUGCUCAUAGGGAACAAGCAAAAACGUAUGCCAGCAACACAAAGUAGUAGCUGUUUAAGCUGGGUCAUCACUUUCACUCCGAUCCGUCUCCUUGUCACGGCCGUUAUGUUGAGAUCCUUACAUCUCGAUGCCUAUACCACGGGGACUUAAGAUGUACUAUAAGAUGAUCGACCAACAAUUUCAUCACCGAUCACUUGCCGGGACCUGAUAUCUGUACCUGACUCAGUCGCCUUAAUGCCCUCAUCCACGACGGGCUUUCCUUUUAAGCGCCAAUCUGCACGCAAUCUGGGGCUGCGGGUUCACCAGUAGAGGAGCACCACCGUUCCACAAUGUUCUUGAUUUUUAUCCACAUUAAUUCACCUAUUUGUUCUUAGGUCUUUUUACCUUUACCCUCUUGCAGGCAUUUCUGACGGAGGCCGCGACUGAAGCUAAACACUGCACUCUUGCCUCUGAUCACAACACAGAGCGCUCUCCCUCACCUCGUGCGCCGCCGCUACCACCCCCCUGUCCCCCCUACAUUGCAACUCAGGGUGUCCUACCAGAGACCUGCUGCGACUUUUGGCGAAUGGUAUGGCAGGAACGGUCCUCCAUCAUCGUCAUGCUCACCAAGGAGACGGAGUGUGGUCGAGUUAGUCUCAAUUCUCACUCUAUCCUUGUAGUCGCUAUCAUCGUUCUAAUAGUCAGCCGUGAGCCCGACUUCGGAGUCCUGCGACUUUUGCUACCAUAAGCAGGCAGUUUCCGUGCAAUGCGCCGCUAGCCAAGAAGGGAACGGUGAAUCAUGGCAGUAUGCAGGAAACCAACCGUCCUACAUGUGCUUGUGACUCCUGUUAGCUUAUCGAUCAAAGUACAUUGCUAUGCUGCAGAAGCUGACUAGAUGUUUCAAUGCACGUAAAGAAGAUGGACUGACAGGAGAUGAUCUUUCACCUGUGCAGUACUGUCAGCACGUUGUCAUUCCAUGGGAGCCUUUGUGACACCACUAAUUAUUUUUGCAAUACGGCUUAACGACUUUACAGUAGAAAUUUUUGUGCGGAAGAAUUUCACCGAGAUAUAAAACUGCAAUUUCACCUUGAAAACCUCAUGAGACAAGUCGCUCAAUCAGACCGGAUAGUCGGCAGCAGAGGAAGCUUUAUCCGAGGAAACCCCAGUAAAUAACACAUUGGUAGAGGGACUCGCCGAUUGUUUUUAUAGAAGUCAUUCGUCCUCCUUUUGUGCGUUAGAGCAGUGGUCAGACUUUGGACUUCUAACCAACCGGUCGCGGGAUCGAGCCCCAGGUGUUCUACACUUCGUGGCUGGGUAUGAUUGGCCGACGAUGGCUAAUGAGCCAAAAAUGGCCAUUUUAGUCUUUUUUGUCUUUGUCGGUAAUGCUAUUCUGCCUGUGUCGUGCGCCGCUGUGCGGCUGCUGGUUGGGCUCGAGAGGGAGCCCUAAGGCAAUGCGGCGAGUGAGUUCCGUAAAAACGACCGGUGAGCGCCUCUCUACCGUUGUAUAUUCCCAAUCGCAACCGACAGGACAAUGAGCCCAUGGUUCGGUGGUUAGAGGCGUUGAACUUCCAACCAACAGGUUACGGGAUCGAGCCCUAGGUUUUCCACACUUCGGAGUUGGGUAUGGCUGACUGACGACGGCUAGUGAACCAGAACUGGCCAUUCCAAUCUCCCUUAUUUUUGUCGGUAAUGCUAUUCUGCAAAUAUCACAUUUUCUUGUAAGACGUACCUGGCACUGGCGUCCAGGAAUAUCGAAUGUUUACUCGCGUAGACUGCAAGACUUCGGUCUUCUGUGUGCAAACUAAAACAAUUCUAAACUCAUCACACCCAACUGCCUCUUAUAAUUUUAGAAUCGAUGCUUUCGCUACUGGCCUACCGCGACAGAGAGCACCCUGACGCUGCCUACCUAUAAUGGAACUCUCCAUGUAUCUCACAUCUCCGAGCAAAAUAUGAAAACUUGCCUCGUGCGAGAGUUUAAUCUUUGCCUAGUGGAUAGGACCACCGGAGAAUCUUCGAUGGAGCCUCUUACCGUUCACCACUUCCAGUUCCUCGCCUGGCCUGAACAUGGCACUCCAGCGGAUCCCUCGUGCUUUCUCAAUUUCAUGUGUCACAUCUCGACCCAACAGGUUAAUGCCACACUCUGAAUAGAGGCAUUUUGGUGCUGUUAAAGAUUGCCUUUAAUUGAAAUUUGCCCUUUGUGAGUCGAUUUCUGCAUUCGCUUGUUGCUGGAAUUUCAUGUUGUUGCUAAUUUUUUAGAUUUUUGCGUAAAAAUAGGGAGUUCAAAUGCGUAAGUCUAUUUCCCCCAAAUACACUAAAUACUAAAGAAGAAGAGGCGUUCAUCAAGAGGGGUUUAUUGGAGGUCCGGCGUUUCGAGUAGUUGAUUCGUCUACCCCUCUCCAGAGACUGGAAAGUCCUGCGCACAGCUCCCCUUAUAUGGCGCACUUUGUUCAAUGCAUGACCCGCCAAUUCCGCCUGUGUGGCUGCAUCCGACCUGCAUGUCACCGUGACCUGAAUCGCCCCCGUCGGCCGCGGAGAUGACUGACGACCCCAAUUGUCCCGCGCUGUGCCUGUCCCCUGUUAAGAAGGUUCGUGAAGUCAGAUAGGGGGAGGCAAAAUGAUGUGGCGGUUGACAGAGCAGUCGGUGGACAUCCAGGCUUCUUGCACUUGCCUUGCUGUAUGACAUGCGGGUUGGAUACAGCCAAACAGGCGGCAUUGGCGGGUCACGCAGUGCACAAAGUGCGCCAUAUAAGGGGAGCUGUGCGCAGGACUUUCCAGUCUCUGGAGAGGGGUAGACGAAUCAACUACUCGAAACGUCGGACCUCUAAUAAACCCCUCCCGGUGAACGCCUCUUCUUUUGAUAUGCCACCUGGGAAUCACAUUUUCACUACUAUUGACACUGUAUACUGAAUUUUAAAUAGUGCGUUUGCUUAAAUCUAGUCUUUCUAUCUCCAUUUUACAGGAUGGACUGACCUCUUCGGGGCCGAUGAUUGUUCACUGCAGCUCAGGUAUCGGGAGGACGGGAACAUUUAUUGUGAUCGACAUGCUGAUCAAGUGUAUAAAAUCCUCUGGCCUGCAUACGGACAUUGACAUUGCACGCACUGUACAGGCGGUGCGUGAGCAAAGAUCUGGCAUGGUGCAAACUGUGGCCCAGUAUUGUUUCAUCUAUAAAGCUGUGCAAGAGUUUGUGUCUCGUCUCCUCCUCAGAGUGAAACUGCGGAAUGUACGUCCUCAUCUCAUUCUCUUCCACUGGUUCUUGUUUCUUCCCUUGGCUUUUGAUACGGGGGAUCCUAGCAGUUAACCUUCCCUUGCUGAGUUCUGUCCCUGUAGGCUUUAAACAUGACCUGAAAAGUUACAGAUUUUUGAGUUUCUUCAACCCAACCGUGGUCUUCGAUAUUUAACUCAGACACUUAUUACUUAAGAACGGAGGAAGUAAACCCAACAUCGUCGUUCCUGAUUCUUAACACUGUUAAACAUGUCGCCCGCUCUGAGUCUCCAUUCAUGACAUCCGGGCUGUUGUUUCGUUACCGAUUCUAGUGCUUCUAGGGAUUGUGCUUUGCAGACAGAAGAAUUUGUCUACAGCAAUGGAGCAGUUGUCCUUAACAGUGUGUAAAAGUUCCGUAUAUUGUGUGGUGGUUACCCGUUACAGCAUAAUGACCUUUACCACCGUGCUUUUGGUUAAUUCGAAGUUGGCUCAUCUUGGGAGCGAAGAAGUCUAAAUUCUAUUGAAUACACUCUUUUGUUGCAGUGUUUAAUGCGCUAUCCUCGGUAACUAGAUGAUUUAUCCUGUCGUUCUGGACCCUAAUCAAGCCACAGAUACGACGGGUGUCGGAUAGGUUUCCGUCGGCCCAAAUUCUGAUGUCAGCAUCUGGUUGCGCCUCAUGACGAAUCUUUACCGAAUGGGUAGAGAAUGAGGUUGAAAAGGGUCGGGCUAGUUCGCAGCCAUAUUCAAUCCAAUUCGUCACGCCGAAGGCUUACGAAUUUACUCUGUUGUCCAUGGCGCUCGCUGUUCUACCAUGAGGAAUAUAUUUGCUUGAUCCAAAAUAUGGAUGUUUCAGGACAUCCGAAUUUAAUUGUUCCUAGGUUUCGUCCCGGUUUGCGGUGUCGGACGCUUUGGUGAGAUGGACGAACUUCGCGUGAGGGCUAAUUCUCAUCGCCUGAUGUUCUUCUAUAGCCAUCACUCGACAAGGAUCGUUCCAAUUUUACCCUGAUGUUUAUGGGAUCCACGUUGGUUUGCUGGAGGAGUUCAUGCUUUUGGUGUAUGAUCAACUGACUUAAGAGAACGCGAACGGAGUUUUUGCCAUCGGCGCUAAUAAGAGACAUGCCGUGGUUGUUAUCGCAGAUUUACCGGUUUCCAUUUCACUUCUAGAAGUGUGACUAGUGGUGUUCUGGAAACCUGGAUUCCUCCCUUCCGCCACAUUGCCCAGAAUAGUAGAGUCCAAAAGCUUCAGUCCGCCUAAUUUGUUGACCUAGAGCUUUUUAUUGGGCAUCUUUUGGACUACCCUGAUCUUAUCUCUUGUAGUGAGGGCGGAUGAGCAGGACCAGAAUUUACUUCUGUUUACGAUGAUCCGUUAAUGACAUCCUUACAAAUUGAGGAUGAACUAUUAGGGACGCACCUUAUGUGCUUGCCCCGGAGUCAUGAUUCGCGAGUUCUCAGUCUGCGGAGUUACUUUUUUUCAGAUUUGGGCAAUAGCGGCGUCUGGUGGACUUGGGGGCGGUAGACUGCCUUGGCGGCCUCAAAGUUGUUCGCCAGUUAUCCACGGUCAACGCAUCUUUGGAUUUUUUUUCUACAUUACGAGUCAGUCUGCGUUUUACAUCAUUGACAGCUUCUGCAUCAGCAUCUGGAGAGCUCGACUUUGUUUCCAGCGCUGUUUUUCGCGUAGGCCCCUUAGUGUUGGUCCUUCAUUCACUGAGUCUCUACGUCGUCGUGACGCCGGUUCUAAUGUUAUCAGUGCACGGGUCGGAAGGAUUCCAUGACAGUGGUGUCAAUAACUUCCUUCAGUCUCUUCCAUUUCCUCUUAACAUAUUCGUCCUCGACGAAUUCCGUUAGCAGAUGUCUUGCUGGUAGGAUCCCGUCAAUUUCCAACUCGAAUUAGUACUACGGUGUUCAGUUACCCAGAGGCUGUCUUGCCCUUAGAUCCGUCGCGCUUAGAUGUGAGGUCACGUCUUUGGGUACCUUGGAUGGUUGUCAGUCCAUUAUCCGUCACACUACAUCGUCUCCGUUCCCAGGACUGAGCUGGCUUCCCGACAGGUAGAUAUCUGAGUAGUUGCCAGUGACGCGAGCGAGAUUUCAUCCAUAUUGUCUCCUUGUGGUUUGUGCUUAGGAGUUUGUGUCCCAAACAGGUAUUCAUCAGAAGGAUUCCUUUUGUUUUGACAGCCAAGUACCCCUUCCCAGGUGAUGUGAUCCGUGCGCGUCCGCGCACUGACGUCACCGAGAAUUAUCGGUUUGGCUGUCUUUGACACAUACACAUAGAGGAAGUGGGGACCUUUGCAGACUUUUCCUCCACUUCAUCUGGGCUUGUUACUGUCGGAGCAUAGAUGCUGAUUGGCUUGUCGAACUCGUUACUAUAAAACAGAAGCCUCGUUGUGACGUCUUUAUCGGCAAUUCCACGCAGGAAGAAGGACAGUUUCCUGAGAUGUCGUUUUCGAUGGUGAAUACCACUUCAGCGUCUCGUUAAAACGACCACUGGGUGUGACCUGCCCGAGAAGCAAUCGUCACUGAAGGCAACUGUGUCCACUUGUAUUAAGCCAGUUUUCUAGAAGCCAUUGGGCCGGCAUUCCUUCAGACUAAUUAGAAGAACGGACUCCCAAGUAACAAAAUUACCUUGGUUUCAGGGGAUUGGGUGGGGCAUAAUUUGAAUUCGUCGUGGUCCGAUCGUUAAUUUACGCCCAACAGCCUUGGUAAGCUGUGAAGGCAAUGUGAAACAGCAUCUUGGGUCAGCCGUCUACCUCUAUACGUUGCAAAGGGUUAAGCGACUGCUUAGGUAUUUCAGCCACCCGUCGCAUUCUACCAUGACUUACAACCAAGUUAAGCUCGACCAACUGCAUGGGAGUUCGAUAGUUGAGGACGGUGGGUUGCGGUGUUGGGGAUGCCCUAGUGCCGGCGGUGGCAUGCGCCCGAAUUGUUUCUGACGACUUGUGCAGCACUGCCCUCUCGCUUCCCCUAUCCCGUCGCAAUUCAUCGCCAAGACUACGUCAAAACAACUGGCAACGCGUCUGGGCAUAACGGAUGUCAUGGCGGAGGCUGCGUCUGCACGUGCAACAACACCACUUUCAUGCCGCGCACUACUUCCAUAGUUUUGCCCGCCACUCGAAUCGUUUAGUGGGGUGUGGCCGCUGCGCUAAGAGCAAAUGUGUAGGGCCACCAAUAAGAUGUGUGUCAGGGAGAUGGGUCACUUAGAAGUCACCUCUUGCCGCAAGGCACUCCAAAUCCAAUGUUGAAUUUUCGUACUCGGGUACCUCUUAAACUCUUCCAGCCUGGCAGUUCUUCUCCCAGUAUAUUUAAGUCAUAUUGGUAAGCUUUCGUUUGUUGGUAGCAUUUCUUGGCGAGAAUGCUGAAGUACAGUCGUCUCCUGUCCUACAAGGUCUUACCAACAAUGAUGAUAUUUCUCCCGUCCCCUCUUCCCCAGGCCCUACAGCCCUAUGGCGUGGAUUACACGAACCUCCGACCGACACCAAGUGACGGCUGUCUUUCCUGUACCGCACCGUCCUCUCUAUCUCUUCCCGGUUGGCCGUCCCCACCCUCUGGCUCUACAGCUGUCACCGGUGGAGCUGCCUUUGAAAAUCGCACCUGUCUCGGCGAGUCUGCCCCGCCGGGCACAGGUAUGGGACUGACCCACUACUACUGCCAUCAGAAUCACCAGUUCCCACCCGCACUGCCACCGCAUCGGUCCUUCAUGGCCACCGCUGCCGCUUCAUCCUCACCUCAGGGCGCUGGUGGUGGCCACCUAUCCUCAUCUACCUCCUCUGCCUCCUCCACCGUUGUAGUCGCCAAAAAGUUAUCCACAGCAUCUAGGUGA